AUGCCUCGCCCCAAACCCACCCCCCGACGGCGCGGGCGUUCCCCACCCCCCCCAUCGCCCCCGCGGCGGGCACGCAGGCGCCGCCCAGGGCAGCGGGCAUUGCAGGAGAUCCGCACGUACCAGAGAAGCACCCGCCUGCUGCUGCGCCCCGGCCCCUUUGCCCGCCUGGUGCGGGAGCUCUGCCUCCUCUUCACCCGCGGCGUGGAUUACCGCUGGCAGAGCAUGGCCCUGCUGGCGCUGCAGGAGGCAGCAGAGGCCUUCAUGGUGAGGCUGUUGGAAGACGCAUACCUGUGCUCACUGCACGCCCGCCGAGUCACCCUGUUCCCCAAGGAUCUGCAGCUGGCCCGGCGCCUGCGAGGGCCCGAAGCGGGGGGCAUCUGA